AUGUUAUUAUAAAUUUUAUUAUUGUGCUUAAUAAAUUGUUAAUAUGAGCCCGUUUUAAUAGCUAGGUUUGGAAGGAGUAAAAAUAAAUUAGAAAAGACUCCAGCACCUUAAUUUGAAUGUGUAGAUGAGAUUGAUGAAGAGGAUGAGUAACCAAAAGAGUAUUAAAUAAAAGUUGGAAGUCUUUUUUAAUUGAAUGAUGGAAGUUGGUUUUUAAAAUCUAAGGAUCCCACAAGUGGAUUAACAAACUUAUUAAAUUUGAAUGAUAUAACUCGAGUGAAAUAUGUUCCUAAAGAAGAUGAAGAAGAAAAGAAGAAGAUUGAAGAAAAACCUGAAUAAGUAUUAAAAGAAUUUGAAUGGACUCCUUUGAUAGCUUAUGAGAGUUUUCCAAGAAAUAGAGGAGGACAUUCAAUGCAUGCAAUAGGAGAUAUAAUAGUUGUAUUUGGUGGAUGUUUUUUGGAUAUAAAAUGCUUUGAUGAUUUAUUUCUAUUUGAUGCAAGAACAAAAGUAUGGACAUCUCCAAGAGUAUUUGGUAUUCCACCAGUAGGAAGAACAGGAUUUGGUGCAUUAGUAAAUGGUGCAAAAUUAUAUAUAUUUGGUGGAUAUACAUUAUAAGGUUUAACAAAUGAUUUAUUUGUAUUUGAUUUAGAGAGUAAAAGUUGGAAUUAAUUAUUUUGGUAAGGAAUAGGUCCAAGUCCUAGAGCAGGACAUAAGAUGGUUUUAACAGCAAUAGGAGGUUUAGUAUUUGGUGGAUUUGUAGGUGAUAAAUAUUCAAAUGAAAUAUAUAUAUUAGAUAUAGUAAAUGAAAAAUGGUUAAAGCCAGUAGUAAGUGGUGAAAUUCCAAUAGGAAGAGAUGGUUUCUCUAUGAUUUCUCAUCAUGGUGUUGCAUAUAUAUUUGGAGGAUAUGCUACUGGUGUUGUUUUGAAUGAUAUGUAUACUAUUAAUGAAGAUUUAACAUGGGAAAAAAAAGAACCAGCUGGUAAAGUACCAUCUCCAAGAUAAGGAGCAGCUUUUGCUGAAUAUGAUCAUAGAAUCUUUGUUGCAGGAGGAUGUAAUCCAAAAACUAAUGAAUGCUAUAAUGAUUUAUAUGCUUUAGAUACUACUACUAAUCAUUUUAGUACUGUUAAUGCUUUUAAAAAAAAGAAUCUUAAAUAAUUGGAAUUUGCUGGAAUGGUUUUUGCUGGACCUUUAUUAAUUCAUUUUGGAGGUUGUAAAUUAGAUAAAACUUGUAGUGAUUCAUUAACUGCAGUCUUAUUAAAUUCUAAUGAAUAAUGUCCUCCUUGUAGAAAUGGAGGAGUAUGUAGAGUUGGUCAUUGUAAUUGUUAAUAAGGAUGGUAGGGUAUUGAUUGUACAUCAAAAGUACUUUGUAAAUAAAACUGUUUAGGAUAAGGUACUUGUUUAAGUAAUGGAUAUUGUAGAUGUUAUCCUGGAUUCACUGGUACAGUAUGUUAAUUAUAAAUACCAUGCCCUAGUAAUUGUACUGAUGCAGAACAUGGAGAAUGUUAAUUGGAUGGAAAAUGUAAAUGUAAAGAAGGAUUUAGUGGAUAAACAUGUGGUGAAGAACCUAAGGAAGAAUAAAAAAAAGAAGAAGAAAUAUGUAAAAAUAAUUGUAAUCGUCAUGGAAAAUGUAAUUAUUAUACUGGUUUAUGUGAAUGUGAUUAUGGCUUUACUGGACCUGAUUGUUCAACUGUUUCAUCUUCAGAUGACUAUAAAUCUAUUUGGGAAUUACUUAAAGAUGAUGAUAAUGAACCUGAAACUGGAACUACUAAUGUUAAUAUGUAAGAUUUUAUUUCUACUGGAUAUAAACUAUCUAAAUAACAAAAUUUAUAUAUUCCAUCAUAAGAUGAAGGAGAAGAAAGUAUUUUUGAUGAAAAUCUCGAAUCAGACGAUAUUAUUUUUAAAUAGAGAAAAACUUAAUCUUAAUCUUAAUCUUAAAGUCUUUCGAAUAAUGAUUAAAAUUUUACCAAUUAUUAAUUAACUAUGGUACCUCCAAAAGCAUAAUAAGAUGAAGAUCCUUAUUAGUUAAUGUUGUUGAGUGAAUGUCCAAAGAGAUGUUCAGAACAUGGUGUUUGUAUAGAGCAUGAAUGUUAUUGUUGGUUUGGAUAUACUGGAGAAUAUUGUUAAGCAUCAAAAAUAGCAGAUUUUUAUUUAGGAUGGAGAAAGAAGAAGGUGAUGUAUGCUUGUUUAAUAAGUUUUUUUGUAGGAAUAUUGAUAGGUUAUGUAAUAGUUUUAUUGAUGAGAAAGAGAGGAAAUGACGAUGAAUUUCGAAAUAUGUCAGAAGUACCAAGUUAGAAAAUAGAUGAUAAUGAAGGAGAAGUGGAAGAAUUGAUCGUGUGA